ACAGUGCAGGGCGACGGAAGUUGCCCGUGUGUCCAAAUCAGUAAACUUAUGGGUGAGUUGCAGCUGGAACAAGCGAAAACACUGCAUGUUUUGUAUAAAUGUGCGUGAUCGUCUAUGAGUUGACAGUCUUUGUGAUGGUUAGAGGAGCUGUCGACGUAUGUAGGGAUAGUUUAAGCGUUAAAUAAUGUUGUCUCUGAUGGUUAGCAUGUCGUGCUAACGGCGACAGGAGUUGUGUUUUUAUAGACAAAAUAGUAACUUUGAGAUGGACAGUGACUUUCAUAUUAUUGCCCCACUGUGAUUCACCACUGAGCAGUCGAGGCAGACAUGUUGUAUACGUGUAUGAUACAAUAUUUGCUGAUAAAGUCAUAAUUGUUUGUUGCCACACAACAAUCAACUCUGUGGAUUAUUGUUGCGGUCAGCUCCUAUGUCUUUCAGGCCUGCUUUGGGCUGAGACGCUGGUCUCCAUGGUAACAGAGUCCUGCCCCAGCUGCCAUGUCCUCCAUCUGUCAGUCAACAUCCCCUGGCUGUGGUGGUGGUAGUGGUGGUGAUGCAGCUGCCAUGGCAACCCAGACAUCGGAGCAGGCUCUGCUGGCCUCAGACCGCUAUGCCAGACUCAUCCUGGCCCAGAUGAACAAAAUGCGGCUUCGCACUGACUUCUGCGACGUGGGGCUGAAGGUCGGCAGCAAAGUCUUCAGGGUCCACAGGCUGGUGCUGGCUGCCAGCAGCCCAUAUUUCUCUGCCUUGUUCUCUGGUGGGAUGAGCGAGGCAGAUAAAGAAGAGGUGCAGCUCCUCGGUGUGGAAACUGAAGUAUUUGAGGUCUUGCUUGACUUCAUAUACACAGGGAUGAUCAGUGUGACUGUGGAGAACGUGCAGGAGCUUAUGGUCGCAGCAGACAUGUUGCAGCUGAAUGAGGUGGUGUCUGUUUGUGGAGAGUUUCUGAAGGGCCACAUGGACCCGUCCAACUGUGUGGGCAUAUUUCAAUUUCUGGAGCAGAUUGCCUGCAUGGACAUGCUGGAGUUUACUGAGAACUAUAUACAUGUUCACUUUCUGGAGGUGUGUGUUACUGAUGAGUUCAGGGGCCUGUCGAAGGAUCAGUUGGUCAGACUGCUGCGAAGUGAGGAGUUGAGAAUUGAGGAUGAGUACCAAGUAUUCACUGCAGCCAUGGAUUGGGUUCUCCAAGAUAUGGCAAAGAGAAAAAAACAUGUUGUGGAGGUGCUGGAACCGGUCCGCUUCCCUUUGCUUUCCCCACAGAGACUGUUUAAGUACAUUGAGGGUAUUACUGACUUUAGCCUGAGGGUGGCACUGCAGACUCUGCUAAAGGAAUACACUGAAGUCACAAAGUCUCCCAAAGAAAAUAAGAUGUUCAGUCUACUACAACCAGCCAAGAUGAGACCCAGGCGAAAGGCCAGGAAAUACCUCUAUGCCAUAGGAGGUUACACUCGGUUACAAGGUGGCCGUUGGAGUGACAGCCGGGCGUUGAGCUGUGUGGAGCGUUUUGACACCUUUAACCAAUACUGGACCACAGUAUCUUCCCUGCACCAGGCUCGCAGUGGUCUGGGGGUUGCAGUUCUAGAGGGUAUGAUCUACGUGGUGGGAGGGGAGAAAGACUCAAUGAUUUUUGACUGCACAGAGAGAUAUGAUCCAGUGACAAAGCAGUGGGCUGCUGUUGCAUCUCUGAACUUUCCUCGCUGUGGAGUUGGCGUCUGCCCCUGCCAUGGAGCUCUGUAUGCACUUGGUGGUUGGAUUGGCUCUGAGAUUGGGAAAACAAUGGAACGCUAUGAUCCAGAGGAGAACAAGUGGGAGGUAAUUGGGAGCAUGGCAGUUCCUCGUUACUACUUUGGAUGCUGUGAGCUUCAAGGGUUCAUUUAUGUGAUCGGAGGGAUAAGUGACGAAGGGAUGGAGCUGCGAUCAGCUGAGGUGUAUGACCCCAUCUCCCACCGAUGGAGUGCCCUGCCAGUUAUGGUCACACGUCGAGCCUACGUGGGUGUUGCCUGUCUCAAUAACUGCAUCUACGCAGUAGGGGGCUGGAAUGAGGCGCUGGGUGCUCUGGAGACAGUGGAGAAAUAUUGUCCUGAAGAGGAAAAAUGGAUGGAGGUGGCCCCAAUGUCCACUGCACGUGCAGGCGUGUCAGUGUCAGCAGUUAACGGGCUGCUCUAUGCAGUCGGGGGCAGAGCAGCCAGCAGAGACUUCUCUGCCCCAGUGACAGUGGACUCUGUGGAAAUCUACGACCCUCACCUGGAUACUUGGACUGAGGUCGGCAACAUGAUCACCAGCCGCUGUGACGGAGGACUGGCUGUGCUCUGACAUACAAGAAUGUUCAGAUUCAGACUAUAAAACAUUCAUGUCAGCCCAAGUCACUCCAAAAUUUCAUAAACCAAGACAUAAACAAGGUGUGUUUUGCCUCAUGAAGGCUUUCAUAUCAUCAAUUAUGUAAUUUAUACAUGAACUAGACAUGGCUUUCCUUUUUUUAUUUGUCUUUUACAUUUGGGAUUCAUUGAAAUAAUGUAUAUGACAGCAGAUCUGCAACUGGAAAGCAAACCAUUAACACUGUUACAUGUGUGGCUUACACUUGUUUUUCCUUUUGUGUUGGAAGUUAUCCUGAACUUUCUGUGGCAGGUUAUGUUUUUGACUGAUCAGAGUGAGAAUACUGAUCAAGGCUGAGAUGUUGAAGCACUUUUGUUUAGUUGUUUUCAUUAUUAUUUUACCUCAAAGGUACAUGUGAUGUGUGUGCAUUGCUACUUGGAAAAUCUUUAAACCACUUUGACCAUAUUUGAUGAUGGAACCAAAUGAAACUUAGGUGUGUUUGAAGUUUUACAGUCAGUGAUGAUUUCUAUACAUAAUGACUUGAAGACAGCACACCCCUGUUGCUAUACUGCAGCAGGAAUCGCCCAUUUUCCACUGGGUUAUUUUUGUACAUAUGAUAGUAUAAAUAAUUGUCUCUUUGUCAAUUACACUCAAACCCAAGCAAGUUAAUACAGUUACUUAACUCACUGAAAGCAUCCAAUGUACAUGUUAAAUCUUGUGUUUGUUGGUGUAAAUACUGUUUAUGUCCUCUUUGGAAUCGGUCACAUUUCUACAUUUCAGAUUAACGUGACAGUAUUGCUCAUUGUGUGCUAUUACGCCUUUGCAAAGAACCAUUACAAAAUAGACAUUAUUGUUUUCUUUUCAUAUUUACAAUAAAUGUCACUCAAAGGCAGUGGCUAGGUUUGAAAUGUACCCACAUCCCUUCAGCAGCAUCAUUAAAAUAGGCUUGAAAGAGAACUGAGCAAACAUUUAUGCUUAGAAUGAGAUCUUUGAAAUUGUACCUUUGUGAUGUACUGAGUAUUAGUAUGGAGGUACUAUGUUAGGUCUUUUAUGACAAAUCAAGACAUCUCACUGGAUUUGUGGCUCCACAACGACUUUUUUUUUUCUUUAACUAGCUUUCACAUUCAUGUUUAGCUAAGGUUUGUUAUUGUAAAGCAUCAUGGUUGUUUGGUGUUGAUGUGGUAACCUUGCAAGACAACGCAAAAUGAACAAUCACUUACCUCCAGCUUAGCUACAAAAACACAUUACACUGCAAACCUAAAAUGAACCUCCAGUUAAAUCCACUGUUAAUUAGGACAGAUUGUAUUUGUGAAUUAUUGUAGUUAAGAGUUACAAUUUAUUAAUUUUAUCAAUUUCUAUUUAUGAACAUGUAAAAAAGGACCCAAUAAAAGCAAAUCUUCCUUA